CCCUGUGCUAGGAACACAUUUUAUUUUUCUAUAUCUAUAUUACGACUUUUGCCCUUGUGUCUUUAAGUGAUUACAAAAUAAAUUUAUUGUAUUAAAAUAAACAUGUUAUCAAUAAUUUCUUCUAUGAGAACUUUACUGGUUCGUCAGCAAAGUGUUGACACAUUAAGAAAACUUCAUACAACACCUGUGUGUUUGGCCGCACGCAAAGGUACAAGAGAGAAGGCCCGUAAGAAGAAGGUAAAAGUGGAGGUGAAGAAGGUGGGAUUCAUACCGCAUAACCAACGGGAUAAGAAAAUAAACUUGCAACGAGAAAAUCUACACUUUGACGAUUCAUGGAAGCAAGUACCUCAAGACAAUGUUUAUGUAUUGAAAUAUUACCGUUGGCCUGUAUAUACGGUGGCGGAAGCUAUACAAUGCCAUCGCGAAACGCAUCACCCUUCUAUGUACAACCUACCGAAUGCUCCGCUUAACAUAAAAAUUGAACUGGAUAUGCGAGCGGAAAAGAAAAAUCGCUUCGUGGACAACUUUCAGCGUAUGGCGAUGGUUCCGCAUAAAUUUGAUCAAGGAGGAGAGCUUCGAAAAAUUCUCGUUUUUGCCAAAGGAAAUGAAGAAAUCAGUGAAGCACGAAAUGCGGGAGCCACACUUGUUGGCGGUAUUGAACUCAUAAAGGAUAUAUCAAAUAGCGAACUAUUGCUGACUGAUUAUCAAUAUAUAAUCGCACAUCCAAAUAUUUUACCUGAGUUGGUGCCGCUACGUGGAUUGAUGAAGCGCAAAUUCCCCAAUCCACGGAGUGAAACACUUGGCACAAAUCUGGCAGAAAUGAUCGAACGUUUUUCAAACGGCAUAAGCUAUACUGCCACUAAAGAUGAACAUCAACAAGAUUUUGGGGUGAUUUCAACCUGUAUUGGCACAUUGGAUAUGGAAACUCAAAAGUUGGAGGAAAACUUACGUUCUUUACUAGAAGAUGUAGAUUCUGUACGUCCAAAGCGUGAAGGGGAACGAUUUAUAACACGUGUUCUGCUUAAGAGCCCACCAAGUAGCGAGCAACUUAAAAUCGAUCCUUAUCAAUAUAUAUCGGAGUUCUAUGUGAAAACAGGUAAUAAGGCUUCUACGAAGACGGUCGAAUUCGAGGAUGUUGAAAAAGAAUCUAGUGAAAAUCAACAAGCCGUUGCAGCACAAUAAAUCAAUAUGUGUCGAAAUCCAUCAACUGAAAGUUAAAUGGUAGUGAACGAAAUUGCAUUAAAUUAAUAUAAAAAGUUUUAAGAUCCAA